UCUAGAAAGAAAAACCAUUAUGAAGGCUGAGUAAGUGUAAUUGGAAUCUACAGUUGUGAGAUGCUAAUGGAUGUUGGAGCUGGGCUCGGGAGCUUAAAAUCUCAAAGCUUUUGGACAACUUCCCAGAAAUCUUCUUUUUGUUCUUCUUAUUUCAAAACUUUCUGCUCCAGAAAGGAUUCUCAGCCGCAACCUCAACAGAACGGCGACAACAAUGGUGAUAAAUUCUCAACUGACUGGGAUAAGGCAUGGUCAAAUUUCAGGAAGCAAAGUAAAAAGUCACUCCUUUCGGGGUUUUCUCCGAACAAGUAUGUUACCUGGAAUCCUAGACGAUCAAACUAUCCCUUGUCCGAGGAGGUCGAUCCAAUAAAGAGAGCAGAGAAGUCGAAUCUCAUGUUGUGGACAAGUCCGGGGUUUACCUUAGUGGGAGCAAUAAUAAUAGUGUCAUUCCUUUUGUUGUAUACUAUUCUUGCACCGGUUAAGUGAUGUAAUAGUACUUCUAACACAAGUAAACCGAGACAUCACCGGUAAAGAGAAUGCUGUCAUUUGCUGUAAAAAUGAUCACGGUGUUACAAUGAAAUGAGAAUUUGCAGAAA